UACCCGUCUCUAUGUUGGCCACUUGGCUACGCGUACAAGAUCACAUGAUUUGGAAGACAUUUUCAGCAGAUACGGAAGGUCUAUGGUGAGAGGUUGCCUUUGGUGGUUAGAGUCGCUAUCCAUGCUGAUUGUGUAGGAGACUGGCGAUUCUUUCUAUAAUAUUUUGCAGUCUUUUUUUUUUUGAUGGAACUGGCUACAAUCUGAAAGUGGUGUUUAAUUCAUCUUUGAGGGGCGAAGUAACAACCCUUUGGUACAUAAUGUAAUGAUGGCCUUACUAUUUCUGGCACCCGUUUAACGCAGAAUACGUGAUGUGGAUAUGAAGCGUGACUUUGCCUUUGUGGAAUUCAGCGACCCUAGAGAUGCUGAUGAUGCAAGAUAUAGCUUAAAUGGGCGUGAUGUGGAUGGAAGUCGUAUUGUGGUGGAAUUUGCAAAGGGGGCUCCAAGAGGUGGUGGCGAUAGUGGUGACCGUGACCGCAACCGUGGUCCCUCUGGUGGCUCUCGUGAUUUUCUGGGCAGAGGUCCUCCUCCAGGAGCAGGUCGUUGCUUUAAUUGUGGACUUGACGGACAUUGGGCACGAGACUGCAAAGCUGGUGACUGGAAGAACAAAUGCUAUCGCUGUGGAGAACGCGGUCAUAUAGAAAGGAAUUGUCAGAACAGUCCCAAAAAAGUGACAGCUGAAAGCAGGCGUGGAAGAAGUUACUCUCGCACCCCGUCCCCACCUCGUCGUGCAAGUCGACGUAGUCGCAGUAUAAGCAGGAGUCGCAGCAACAGCCGAUCAAGGUCACCUGCAAAACGGGAUCGGAGUGUUCAACGUGCAGAAAGAAGGUCAAGAAGCCCUAGGAGAAACCGUGCUUCUCCACCACCAUCCAGAGGAAGGAAACAAAGCCCAUCAUCACCUGAUGACGACAGAAGCCUGCAAGAGAAAGGUACACCAUCACCAAGAGACCAUACUGGUAGUCCAAAAGCAAAAAGUAGGAGCCCAAUGGACGAUGAUGUCCGUGAAGGCAGCCACAGUCUUGAUAAUAGGAGCCCCACUGAGGAAAAUGGGCACAGCCGGAGCCCUAGUCCAGUAGCUAGAGAUGGGUCUCCUCUUGAAGCUGAUGAUGUAGCCAAUGGUUCACCAGAGCCAAGUGAGUCUGGUUAAUGCUGUGUCUCUCUUUUGUGAUCAGUGGUAUGAGUAAUCUGAAUCUAAAUUUAGGAACACGUCAAAGAUAGGAAAUACUAUGAACCUUAAUUUUCUUGUUUUUGAAGUCUGGUGUUAAAUAAGAAUACUAUUGCACUUUA